AUGGCUGUUCUGUUGUCGUGGCUGGCAUUUGCCCUUGCAGUUGUAUCUGCAACAUCAAUUGUUCCUCGAGCCAAUUCGAGUGACCCUCUGGCAUCAUGUCCAGGUUAUACAGCUUCGAAUGUGAAGACGACGUCUUCUGGUCUUACAGCAGAUUUGAGUCUUGCCGGAACGGCUUGCAACGCUUAUGGUGAUGAUUUGAAGCAAUUGACCUUAGAGGUGGUUUAUGAGACAGAUGAUCGAAUCCAUGUCAAGAUUCAGGAUGCUGCCAACAGCGUGUAUCAAGUUCCAGCGAGCGUUCUCCCUCGCCCUGCUGCCUCCAGCGAAACUAAUUCCAAGCAAACCAACAUCCAAUUCUCAUACAAAGUGUCUCCAUUCUCGUUCUCCAUAACUCGAGGGGAAGAGGUCCUCUUUGACACUUCUGCAGCAAGUCUAGUCUUUGAAUCCCAGUACCUUAGACUGAGAACCUCUCUACCAGAGAAUCCCAAUCUUUAUGGCCUGGGCGAGCAUUCCGACCCUUUCCGCCUCAACACCACAGAUUAUAUCCGCACAUUCUGGAAUCAAGAUGCUUAUUCAAUUCCACUCGGCGCCAACCUGUAUGGAGCGCAUCCCGUUUAUUACGAGCACAGAACUACCGGCUCUCACGGGGUGUUCUUCGUCAAUUCAAAUGGCAUGGAUGUCAAAAUUAACAACACAGAUGGGAAGGAUCAGUAUUUGGAAUACAAUACUCUUGGAGGCAUCCUGGACUUCUACUUCUUAGCUGGACCGACGCCAAUUGAUGUAUCCAAGCAAUAUGCCGAAGUUGUGGGAACACCCGCCAUGCAAGCGUAUUGGGCGUUCGGAUUCCACAACUGUAGAUAUGGAUACCAAGACGCCUUUGCAGUAGCAGAGGCCGUUUACAACUACUCCAAGGCAGAAAUCCCAUUGGAGACAAUGUGGACAGAUAUUGACUAUAUGGACAGAAGACGAGUGUUCUCUCUUGACCCCGAUCGAUUUCCUUUGAGUAAGAUGCAAGAAGUCAAUCAAUACUUGCAUUCGCAUGAUCAGAAGCAAAUUGUGAUGGUCGAUCCAGCUGUAGCAUAUCAAGACUACCCUCCAUAUCAGAAUGGGGCCCAGGACGAUAUUUUUCUCAAGCGAGAUAAUGGUUCGUACUGGAUUGGGGUCGUAUGGCCCGGCGUUACCGUCUUUCCAGAUUGGUUCAAUACCGGAGUGCAAACCUACUGGAACAAUGAAUUCUCAACCUUCUUCGACCCGUCAAGCGGUGUAGACAUUGAUGGUUUAUGGAUAGAUAUGAAUGAACCUUCUAACUUCCCUUGUAACUUCCCAUGCGACGAUCCAUAUGCAGCUGCAGUUGGCUACCCCCCAACUCCUCCAGAUGUCCGAUCGCCACCCCGCCCUCUGCCGGGUUUCUCUUGCGAUUUUCAACCAGCUGGAACACCUUGUACAGGGACUAAAGAAAGGAGAACAUUUGCUGCUGCUCCAUAUAGUCCAGCUCUCCAAGUAGAAGAACGCCAAGCUGCUGGGCAAGAGCUUGGUCUUCCUGGGCGUGACCUGCUGUACCCUAAAUACGCCAUCCACAAUGCUGCUGCUUUUACUUAUGCCGACAACGCUGCUGGAGGUGGAAUAUCCAAUCAUACAGUCAAUACAGAUGUCAUUCACCAAAACGGCUUGGCCAUGUACGAUACUCAUAAUCUCUAUGGAACAAUGAUGUCUACUGCUUCAAGGACUGCUAUGCAGAAUCGCCGACCCGAGGAAAGACCUUUGAUCAUCACACGAAGCACGUUCGCCGGUGCUGGAACAAAAGUGGGACACUGGCUGGGUGACAACCUGAGCGAUUGGCCGCAUUAUCAACUGUCAAUCCGAACAAUGCUGGCUUUUGCUUCAAUUUAUCAAGUGCCCAUGGUAGGAUCAGAUGUUUGUGGUUACGCAGACAACACUACCGAGCAGCUUUGCGCUCGAUGGGCAACACUUGGUGCUUUCAGUCCGUUCUAUCGGGACCACAAUGGCUACCCACCCAAUAUCGCCCAAGAGUUCUAUCAGUGGGAAAGUGUAACGACAGCCGCGAAGAAAGUCAUCGACAUUCGUUAUCGGCUAUUGGACUAUAUCUACACAGCUCUGUACCACCAAACACUGGAUGGCACACCCCUCAUUAACCCCCUCUUCUACCUCUACCCCCAAGACCCAGACACGUUCGCAAUCGAGAACCAAUAUUUCUACGGCCCGUCUCUGCUCAUCAGUCCCGUAAUCGAAGAAAACUCCACGACCGUCUCUGCAUACCUGCCAAAAGAUAUCUUCUAUGAUUUCUACACCCAUGCUCCAGUGCACGGACAAGGAGCCAGCAUCGCCAUCAACGACGUGGAAAUCACCGAUAUACCGCUACACUAUCGCGGCGGGGUUAUCGUCCCGCAGAGAGUGAAGAGCGCCAUGACGACCACGGAAGUCCGGAAGCAAGAUUUCGAGAUCGUGGUCGCGCUAGGAAGCGACGGCAAGGCGUCUGGAGAACUGUAUCUGGACGAUGGAAUCAGCUUGGAACAGAAGGCAUUUACAUAUCUGCAGUUUGCUUUUGAUGGGAAGAAGUUCAGCUUGAAGGGAACUUACGGGUAUAAUCCGGGUGUGAGCGUGGCGAGGAUUAUCUUCUUGGGAGUUGGUAGUAAGCCGGGUGGGUAUUCGGUCAAUGGACUAAAUGCUGCGGAUUGGACGCAUGAUGAUAGUACGGGAGAGGUUGUGGUGCCAGUUGGAAAACCGUUAACGGGAGACUUCGAGGUUUCGGUUAAUUAG